UUCAUGGCGAUAUCGCACCAUCGACCUAUUGAGAAGAAAUCACCAAUCAGGAAGAAACAGACUAUACAGGCUAAUUUGAAUAAACAGAAAAGUUCCUACAAACCAGCUGAGAGGACUACGCUUGGACUAGCACGAGUUGGCUCAAGAGCAGCACUAAGUUUCGCAUUCGCGUUUCUACGACGUGCCUGGAGAUCUGGGGAAGAUUCCGAUCUCUGUAGCGAAUUGUUAGGGGAAUCUCUAGAAGCCCUCAGGUCUCUCCCCGAGGCUACGCUAUUUGAGGAAAAUUCAGUUUCGGCUGUUUGGAUGGAGGUGGUUGAAAGAGCAGCCACAUUUUUACGCACAGUGGU